GAUAAGGAGGGAAGGCUCCCGGCCGGUCGGCGCUCGGAGUGAAUUCCCAUAUUACUACACAGAUACAUGGACAAUUUGCUAGGGCAGACUUUCUUAAAAAAUGUCCAAAAUGUGUGCCGCUUUGACGCAAGGAAGCACCGGCCGAGGCGCAGCGGGCAGAAUCGCGCAGUGCUGUGUUUCGUAAAAAUCCCGUUCGCACCUUCAAGGUGGUCGUUUUUCCCAGUCGUUUUUUGUGAAGUGAGUGACAGUUACCUGCAGCAACCCGUGCGACGUCCAGUGCGCGAUUUUCCGGAAAAGCAGUGAAAUCCAGUGUUUCGCAACACGCGCUCUCGCCGAAACCCAAGUGAAACUCGAGUAAUUAUGAAAUGGGAUUUGGGACCGCGGUUGGAGUCUCUGUUUACGCUUUUCGAGAGGGCGACGUCUGAUUAGAAAAAAUUCCGCGCGUGCAGUCAAAUUUUAAUGAUUAAUAAUAAUGUUGUUGUUUUAUCACAAUCGGUCGUUCACACCCGCGUAAAAAUAGACGUAUGCGCAACAUUGUCUUGGGCAUUUUUCCGUGGUCAUUUUUCGGAAUCCUCCUGUAUUAACGAUCGCAUCUCUCGCUCAACCAUAUUCGGCGGUGAACAACCUAGAGUUCAAUGGCUUGCCGCGCCUCCAAACACAACCGUCGUACUUUAUGCUGGUUUCGACUAAACAAAUCGCGUUGAUGUGCCGCCCUCUUCGAAUUUCGCCCCGACUCGAAAAAAUUUUCGCCGAUCGACGAAAUCGGCCCGAUUCUUUUUUGUUUCGUGAAGCAGUGACAUUGUGGGGUCGUUGACCCCGCGCAGCCAGAUUUUACUUUGUUGAAUUUACCAAUGACCCCUCGUUCAGCGCCUUAUCAGGCUACUACUGAGUAAGGCUCAUGUAUGAACUAUCCCAAAUUGAUUAGCACCAACCUGUGUGAAGAGAGCGGCACGGUCAGAAUGAACCCGAAACUUGCGGUGGUUCAUUCUGAUGUGUAAAAACGUGAUCAAUCUCCCUCGUCCGUGUCUUCUCUAGUUUCAGGUCUCUAGCAUGGAAAUCGACGUUUUCAAAGAUGACCUUAAACUGUACCAUCGAUCUUGCGUCAAAUAAACGACACUUUUCGUACGAAUUUUAAAGUUUAUCGUGUGUGAUUGGGGAUUGUCGUGUGGCCUUUUUGGCUGCGCCAUGCUCCGCACUUCUGGAACGUUUCAAAGUGCAAGUGAUCGAACGUUUUUAGUGGUUUUGUUACUUUACAAUGGACAAUUUUCAAGAGCUGUUCGCUGGUGGGGAAACUUGGCCGUCCGAAUCAAGGGAUAUUAGAACUGAUAACAUUUCUUCUACGGAUUCACCUACCCCACCGCCCCAAAUCGACGACAAGGAUGACAAGAAAAGCGCCAAUUCCAUCAGAGCACAAAUCGAGAUAAUCCCGUGCAAAGUAUGUGGGGACAAGAGCAGCGGUGUUCACUAUGGUGUCAUUACUUGCGAAGGUUGUAAGGGGUUUUUCCGAAGAUCCCAAAGUUCUGUUGUAAACUAUCAGUGUCCUAGAAAUAAAAACUGUGUCGUCGACAGGGUAAAUAGGAAUCGAUGUCAAUACUGCCGACUACAAAAAUGUCUUCGACUGGGAAUGAGCCGAGACGCUGUAAAAUUCGGCAGGAUGUCGAAGAAACAGCGGGAGAAAGUGGAAGACGAAGUUAGGUUUCAUAGGGCACAACUGAGGGCGCAGAGCGACUCCGCACCUGACAGUUCAGUGUUUGAACAGCAGACACCCUCGAGUAGUGAUCAGCUACAUCAUAGUUAUAACGGCGGGUAUACGUAUAACAGCGAUGUCAGCGCAUACACACCAGCCUACUACACGAAUACAACCCAAGUCCAAGCGAAUUCGAUGGGUUACGACAUCUCGGCAGAUUACGUGGAUAGUACAACGGCGUACGACCCAAGGCCGGGCCUGGACGCCCUAAACGACACGGGAAGUUUAAUGGCCAACGUAGUAACAACAGGGAAUACUAACACAAAUAGCGGUGAAGGUGGUGGUGGCGGCGGUGGUGGUGGCGGUGGUGGUGGUGGCGGUGGUGGUGGUGGUGGUGGCGGCAAACAAACUGCGCUGUCCAUGUCCGACUCUCGUUCUUUUAAAAGAGUCAGUCAGAGCUCCUCCACGACAAUGUCUGGAGGAUCGGUGGUGUCGGUGAAGCAGGAGGUGGCUGUGGAUACUUUGGUACCCAGUUAUGUAGAUAGCACCACUUUCGUUCAUUCUCCUACAGUACAACAGACUAACACAGUUAGGCAACAGACCAGUUCACAAAAUGUACAGCAGAGAAGUGGGGACGAUUGUGAACCUGUCACUUUGCCUAAUCCAAGUCAGAUAUCGGAACUAUUAUCGAAGACAAUAUCAGACGCACACACACGUACUUGUUUAUAUACCCUGGAACAUAUUCACGAGAUGUUCAGGAAACCCCAUGAUCUCUCCCGACUUUUGUACUAUAAGAACAUGGCCCAUGAGGAAUUGUGGCUCGAAUGUGCCCAAAAACUCACCACAAUCAUACAGCAGAUCAUCGAAUUUGCUAAAAUGGUACCUGGAUUUAUGAAGCUGUCGCAAGAUGAUCAAAUCGUCUUGUUGAAAGCAGGUAGUUUUGAGCUGGCAAUAAUUCGAAUGUCUCGCUACCUGGAUCUAUCCCAAAACUGUGUUCUUUACGGCGACACCAUGCUCCCUCAGGACGCCUUCUUUACAUCGGACACCGCAGAGAUGAAGUUGGUCACGUGUGUUUUCGAGGUUUCCAAAAGCAUAGCAGAGCUGAAACUCACGGAAACGGAGCUGGCUCUGUAUUCAGCUUGCGUCUUGCUCUCUCCAGAUCGACCGGGUCUGAAAGGAAUCGGCGAAAUCAGUCGACUCAGCCAAGCUGUCGUGAGAGCUUUAAGACUUGAGCUGGACAGAAACCACAGUUUACCCAUAAAAGGGGAUGUUACUGUUUGUGAUGCCUUGCUUACGAAAAUAAAUUCAUUAAGGGAGAUAAGUAUGCUACAUAUGGAUGCAUUAGGAAAACUCAAAAGAUCUGCGCCACAUCUUGAGUUUCCUGCGCUACACAAGGAGUUGUUUAGCGUGGACAGUUGAGAAACUUCUGCAGAAUCUUCUGAUUUGUAGCAGCAUAGCUACUAUUCCUUCAUACUGAAUGUAUCGGCCUUAAAUACAUAAAUAAUAUAAAAUAUAAUUUCGUUAUAAUGAGAUAAAAAUUUAUUGUUGUGACAUAGAAAUAAAGAACCGCAGAUCUCUAAGUAUUAUUUAAAAAACUGCAAAAGCUCUAGAAGCCGGGCCCUGAUUUCAAAGUACAACUUAUUGUUUGUUGUUUGUUAUUAUAUCUAUGCAGUGUGUUAUAUAUGGUUCUGAAUCCUAGGUGCUGAUAAAAUCGAUUGGUAUAUUUUUUGCGGUUUUUUAAAUGAGAUAUUUACGUAUCGUAAUCUGCCACUUAACGUAACACGCUAAUUACACGUAAGAUUAAAGUUAUACACUAUUGAUAUAUAAUAUAUAACCAACAAGUUACAAGGCAGUAAGACUCUGUUUUAGUUAUGUAUUGAGAAUAAUAAUUAGACUGCGUUUAUAUACGUAAGUAUACUGAAAUCACUUUAGUUGGUAGCGUUGAAAUAGCAGAUUUUUACAAAUACAUAAUAGACAAGACUGUAUGCUUACAAGUGAGUUUCUACUGGUUUUUAACUUGUUGUUUUUUAGUUAAGUUUUACUUGGUGACACAUGGUUUUAUAAAAAUAUAUAUAAAAGAGAUGUAUAUGUAUAAAGUAUAUGAAAUAGUAUAUAGAGUAUUUAUGAAAUAGAACUAUAUCUGAUUCUUAUUUUACUUGUUUUGUUUUAUUAUGGAUUCGAAUUUGCAUUUUUUUCCAUAAUAAAAUGAAAGUUUGCGAACGUGAUAACAAACUUUUUUUCAGCUUUUACGAUUUAUAGAUUUGUUAGAAUUGCAAGGAAAUUACACGAACACAGCUAAUACUUCGAUCUGCAGCUACUUGCCUCUCUCAUCAUUUUUUGAAAGUGAAGUCAAAAUUGACGUAUGUUUAUGUAAUUUCCCGUCUAAAAUGCCAGAAUGAAUAGUUCUAAUUUUUAAGUUAGUUUUUAAAUGCUUGUCCAUGUUAACCAUUGUUAAAUCCGAUUUUAACUUUAGUGGUCCAACCCAGUGUUAUAAAACUAUUUAUCGUUAAUGUAGUAACUUUCUAGGUGUAAAAGAACCUAACAUCACAUCUGUGAAAAUUGUGUUGUCUUGUAUUAUAGAGAUUUUUAUAUUUUAUUAUUUAAUGUAGUUCUUUUUGACAAUGGUUAACAUCUGUAACGAGAGGCUAUUGGUUAUUUUUGUAUCUAACGAACCAUGUAAUUUUAGAAAUUACUAUUUUUCGGAGAUUACUAUAAAGACAUGGCUGUGUUACAUACAUGAUAACAAUAUUACGAAAUGUAAUUUGCCUUUUUAUGUUAACUUUUUGUUAAAUAAAGAAAUUACAAUCUUCCACAAUAUUUUAUUUAAAGAUACAAUAUUUUUGCAUACAUAUCAUUCAUUCCGCGCUAAUUUUUACUACUUUAUUCGUAUUUUAUUUAACGCAAAGUUAACAAAGCGGCGAGUUACAGUUACGUAGUAUAAUAGCCAGUUUUGUAAAUGAGGGUUGGCAGAGGGUAAUGGUAUAGCUAUUGUUAAACGAUUAUAUUGAUUAAAAUGUUUAAAAAACAUGUACCUUGGGCUACAAAACUGUACAUUAUCUUAAUUUAUUAGAACCUUUAUACUGCUGGUGAAAUUUUUAGUGUAGAUGUUGCUAACAUUUUGUUUAUAUUAUAUAUAUUUUAUUUCUGUUGGUCCUUGACAAUUAUUACAUUUUGUUAAUAUUUUUGUUAUUUUAUUUUCCUCCUAAUAAUCUCUUUCUCUAGUUGUAUAGUUUUCUUCAGCUAAGUGCAAUUUCACAACAAAAAUAUUAUCGAAACGUAAUAAAUUGUUCGUGACACCAGUAGAAAUUAUAUAUAUUUUUUUGUA